CCCGGGGGCCGCGGCCGAGGGCCGCUGAGCGCCGGCAGCCCCGCCGAUGCGCGCGGCCUCCCGCGCCGAGGCGCCCAGGCCGCGCCGGGCCCUGGGCUGAGGCCACCCGCGCGGCAUGUCCGGCCCGGCCCGCCGCCCGCCGCCGCCCAGGGCCCGAGUCCGCGCGGUCCGCACAGAGCCCGGCGGUGCCGCGUAGCGCAGCGGCAGCCCGACGGUGCGGCCGCAAGGUCACCGCGCGCCAUGGAGGCCAAGGUCCGCCAGAGCCGGCGCUCGCGCGCGCAGCGGGACCGCGGCCGGCGCCGGGAGGCGGCCCGUGACGCCCGCGACCAGAGCGCGUCGUCGGGGGACGAGCCUGAGCCCGGGCCCGGCAAGGAGAACGCGGGCCUGCCCCGCGCGCCCCCACCCCGCGCCGCCGCCGCUCGCCCCCCGCGCCGCCGCCGUCGCGAGUCCAGCUCGCAGGAGGAAGAGGUCAUCGACGGCUUCGCCAUCGCCAGCUUCAGCACGCUGGAGGCCUUGGAGAAGGACAUGGCCCUGAAGCCUCAUGAGCGGAAGGAGAAGUGGGAACGUCGCCUUGUCAAGAAGGCCCGCGAGUCAGAAAACUGCCCGUCUGCAGAGCCGAGUGAGAACGGGCGGCCCCUGGAGGCAGGCAGCUCCGAGCAGGACCUGGAGCCCACCUGUGACCGAGGGAAGAAGAAGGCCCCGCUGCAGCCCGCCAAGCAGAUGAAGGUUGCUGUGUCCAGAGGGGCUGACCACAACAGUGACGGUGACAGCUUCCGAGAAGCCACCAGCUCCCGGAGGAGCAGUUCUCGGGACCAGCUCAGUGACAGCUCAGCCCAGGCGGUCUCAGGCAGAGGUUACUCCUGCGACAGCGAGAGCGGCGGGGAUGACAAGGCAUCUGUGGGCUCGGAGAAGCUCUUUGCCCCAGCAGCCAAUAAAGGGCCCACACUGGGCGAGAAGUCCGAGGCCAAGGCCGGGGCGGCGCCCAAGGUCUCGGGCCUGGAGCGCAGCCGCGAGCUGAGCACCGAGCCGCCCUUCCUGCCCCCCGUGCGCAGCCCGGGGCCGGUCCUGCCCUCCGCCGGCGCCCCGGCCAGCCCACCCGUCAAGAAGGAAGCCCCGGCCCUGCCCCGCCUUGCCCCGCAGCCGCCGCCCGCGCCCCCGCAGCCCCGGGUCCCGCUCCCGACGCACGUGCCUCUCCCCCCGGGCGCCUUCCCGGGCCCCGGCCCGGCGGCGGCGGCGGCGGCCGUGCCGCACAACGGCCUGCACAGCCUCAGCAGGAGCAGCAGCGCCAACAGCGGCGCCAGCCUGGGGCUCGCGAAGCACGUGUCCCUGUCUCCUCACGGGCCGGGGCCCCACCUCUCUACCUCACACUUGGCGCUCCGCUCGCAGGCCCAGCACCAGCACCACGCGGCGGCCAUGUUCGCCGCGCCCCCGACACUGCCCCCGCCCCCGGCGCUGCCGGCCAACAGCCUGGUCAUCCCAGGACACCCCACCGAUGCCAGCCUGUUGAUCUCAUUCAGCCAGCCAAUCAUGUAUUGCCAGCCUCAUUCGGGGAUUCUGAUUGGUACUUGGUCACAGGCACCUCUCUUACCUCCACCCUGGGGCCCGCACGUAGCGAGCGGCCACCACGGCUUGGCCUGCCGAAACCGGGAGUGCCAGCAGGUGACUAUCCGCCUCGCCCCACCGGGAGCCCGCGGCCGACGUGCCUCUCUGUCUCUCUCUUUUUCUCUUGUAGAUCACGAGCUGCUCAGGCAAGAGCUGAACGCGCGUUUUCUGGUCCAGAGCGCCCCCCUGGGCCCGGGAGCUCUGCUGCGGGCGGAGUUCCACCAGCACCAACACACACACCAGCACACACACCAGCACCAACACACAUUCGCCCCCUUCCCAGCUGGGCCGCCCCCGACGCCGCUCCUGCCGCCCGCCGCACCCCCGCCGUUUGACAAGUACACGCCCAAGCUGGACAGCCCCUACUUCCGACAUUCCAAUUUUUUCCCGCCCUUCCCUCCAGCCGUCCCAGGACUGCCUGCCCUGCUCCCACACCCAGGUCCCUUUGGAUCCCUGCAGGGUGCUUUUCAGCCCAAGACUUCAAACCCACUCGAGCUAACAGGCCGGGCCAGUGCUGUUCACACCCUACUACAGAAAGCCCCCGGGGUGUCCGACCCGUACCGGACAGCAGUCAGGAAGCCUGGGAAGUGGUGUGCUGUGCACGUGCAGAUCGCCUGGCAGAUCUACCACCAUCAGCAGAAGAUAAAGAUGCAGCUGGACCCCCACAAGCUGGACGUGGGCACCAAGCUGGACUUGUUCAGCAGACCCCCCGCCCCAGGUGUGUUCACCGGAUUCCACUACCCGCAGGACCUGGCCCGGCCCCUCUUCUCCAGCUCAGGUGCCGCCCAUCCCACCACCAACCCGUUCGGACCCUCAGCCCAUCCUGGCAGCUUCCUGCCCACUGGUCACUUGACAGACCCUUUCAGCAGAUCAAGCACCUUCGGGGGCCUGGGGAGCCUGGGCAGCAACGCUUUCGGAGGCCUGGGAAGCCACGCGCUGACUCCCGGCGGCGGCAUCUUUGCCCCCAAGGAGGGCCCCACGCUGCACGGCCUGCCGAGCCCCCACGAGGCCUGGAACCGGCUGCACCGGGCGCCGCCCUCCUUCCCCACGCCACCCCCGUGGCCCAAGCCCAUAGAUGCCGAGCGGGUCUCAGCCCUGACCAACCACGACCGAGAGCUGGACAAGGGCAAGGAGGAGCGGGAGCGGGACCUCCUGGAGAAGACGCGCCUGCUGAGCCGGGCCUCGCCCUCGGCCCCCGUGGGCCACCCAGGCAGCAGCCUCCUGCUCCGUGGCCAGGGCGAGCCGGGCCGGCCGGGGAUCCCCGCCGAGCGCGAGGCCGAGCCCCGCGUCAAGGAGAGCCGCUCCCCGGCCAGGGAGGACGGCGCCAAGCUCAGCAAGGCGGCCCUGGGGGACAGCCUGCGCCUGGCCGGCCUCCUGGGCCGCGAGCUGGCGGGGAAGCCGCCCGAGGCACCGGCCGAGCGGUCCCAGAGCGAUGUGAAGGUCAAGGAGGAGCGCGGGGAGGACGUCGACGCGCCCCCGCAGCCCGGCCCGGGCCCCGCGGGCCGCGAGCGCACGGCUUUCGCGUGGGAGCCGCCGAGGGAGGCCUACCGCGGCCCGGAGGCGCCCCGCCGCGCGCCGCUCGGCCCGGGCCCCGCCGCCCUCCUCGAGCCCUCCGAGCGUCCCUACCGCGACCGCGAGCCGCACGACUACAGCCCCGAACGCCUGCGGGAGGCGCGCCGCGACGAGCUGGAGCGCGCCCGGGCCGCGCACCUGGGCGCCGGGCCUGCGCACCUGGACGGCGCUGCGCUGUUGCCCGCACUGGGCGCCCUGCAGUACCCGCGCCUGGCGCCCGCCCCCGCCGCCGCCGGGCUGCACAACGGGCUCCUGGCCCGGACCCCGCCCGCCACCGCCACACUGGGCGCGCCGCCCCCGCUGGUGGCCGCGGGCGGGCCCCCCACGCCUCCCGGGCCGCCACGGAGCAGGACUACGCCGCUCGGGGCCCGUGCGCCUGGCGAGGCCCGCGACUACUCCCCGUCCCGCAACCCCCAGGAGGUGGAGGCGCGGUAGUGGCCGCCGGCCUGCGCCCACCGCGAGCGCGGAGGCUCCUCCACCAACGCACUGCUGUCGACUUUUCUAAACGUCUAUUUCUAGAACUUAAGCACAGUUCCAUCGGCCCUGGGGCGAUGCGCACCCUUCCACUCGCAGC